AUUUGCAUAUAACAAAUUGAAACCUUCUUUGCAGAGUUUGUGGUUGUUUUAUUGGGAAAAAAAACUACUCAAUUGGAGCCAUCCAAAAAGAUAAAAUUGAAAAGAUGUUUCACGUCAAAUUAACAGAUUUAGAAGGAGUUCAUCCCUCAAAAAUUUGUCCUAAAUGUUACAAAACAAUUAACAUGGUAAUAAAAAGAAUGUCAUCAACUACUCUGCUUUUAUGUACAAAGUUUACACCUCAUUGUGAUGACUGCUAUACUUGUCAUUGUGUGAAAAAACUGAGUCAGGGUGCUAUUUUUUCAAAUUCCCAAAUAAGGAGUAAAACAAAGUUUAUUGGCCAUCCUAAAAUUGGCGAAAAGGUUUGGAGUUUUUCUAUCUUGAGUACUUUAAAGGAAAAUAUUUUGACAUUACACAAUUUGGAAAAAGACAAUAACGACUUGGUAAAUGAAUUUAAUCCUUACUUUCAGCUAUGCAUAUGUUGUUUAUGUGGUAAAAUACCAAAACAACCGGUAUUUUUGAAAAAAUGUGAACAUUUGUUUUGUUUUUUCUGUUUAGUGGAGAUUAUUAAAAUUAGGUUCUUUAAUGAAACUGCAUGCCCAAAAUGUAACGAACCUUUAAUACCCGAAGACUUAGUUGCCAGCAAUAAAACAAACUCCCUUAUAAAAAUGUUAAGUGUUGAAUGUAUUCUAUGUAAAGAUAUUGAAUGUAUUCUAUGUAAAUAUAAUAAAAGAAUAUGAUGUAAAUAUACAUCAUAAGCUUAUAUGCAAUGGAAAAUCUGUAACAAAAUCAUUAUUUUUGUCCUCACCAUUAUCUUUACCAAGUUUGUCACCAACAUUGUAUACUUGUAACAAUAGCAUUUCUGAGAUUUUUAAUCUAACAGCUAAUAGUAAUAUACCAAGAGUUGUUGAAGAUGCUGCACUCCAUGUUCUUAAACAAAAGAUGGAAAAAAGUGGAGGAAAAUCAAUUUCAUUUAAAAGUGGAGGACCUAGACCAGUUCUGUUUUCAUCUAUUGCAAAGGCAUAUGUCACAAGCAAUGAGGCAUCAAGUACAACAAUAAAAGAAAGAAAUGCAAUUUUGAAAAGAAAUAUGGAAAUUGUGUCUGGUACAUCUACUGAUUCAGUUUGUAGCCAGUCUUCGAAGCUGCUGAAAUCAUUUCCAUCAGAAACAAGAGAAAAAAUAUUGACUAAUUUGAGUAUUGAAGGAGUUGCAAUUAGUGCAACUAAAAUGGUAGCUAUGAAAGCAGAUCUCGGUUUACCUUGGGAAAAGCUAAAAAAUAUAUCUAGGAUAUUAUUUUUCUGCAUAUUUUUAAGUUUGUUCAAAAAAUUAUUUAUUUUUAUAGAAUAGUGCAAAUGAUAUUUUUACAGGUGGCUAAAGAGCUUUAAUAUAAAAACAGCAUCACAUGCUUCUCAACGAAUAAUUAGUGAAAAACUUUCUGGGAACGACUUUAUUGUAGAAAAUGCUCCGUUUACAUUUGAAAAAGAAAGUAAAGGGGCGUUUGAAAUAAAGGAUGCAACAUUCGGUUACAUUGAAAGUUUGCAAACACAUAUUUUUAGACAUCUUGAUCAAUUAGAAAGUUGUAAAAGUCUUCAUUACCAUGAGUUUUUUCCUGAGAAGGAAAUACAGAUUAAGAUAGGAGGAAAUUACGGUGGUGGAAGUUUCAAAAUGACUUAUCAGGUAGCAAAUACCAUAAACCCAAACAGCAAAGAUAACACCAUUGUUUUUAGCAUUUUUGAGGCAAAGGAUUACCAAAUCAAUAUUAAAGUUGCCAUUUCAAGAUUUGAAAAACAAAUAGAAGAUCUUCAAAAAAUGAAAUAUAAUGAUAGCAACAUUAGAGUAUUUAUUUUUGGAGAUUACAAGUUUCUAUGUGCACUUUAUGGUAUUUCAGGUGCCUCAGGGAGGCAUUGUUGUCUUUUCUGCUAUGCGACAGCAAGUGAAAUGAAAUGCAUUGACCCUGAAAUAAAGUAUCGCGCAUUGGAGGAUUUAUGUUUGGAUCAUAAAAGGUUUAUGGAAAACGGAGGUCUAAAGAAUAUUGCCAAAAAUUUUAAUAAUGUCAUAAAUGAACCAAUUUUAAAAAUACCACUAGACCAAGUGUCUUUACCUAGUCUUCACAUGGCUCUUGGUAUUUAUUUAAACUUUUUUAACAUGUUUGAAGAAAAAGUUCAUCAAUUGGACAUAUUGAUGGCUGCUGAACCGCUAAAGAGCGGCAUGAAAUGCUCAGAAGAGUAUGAAGUUUUUAUAAACAAACAAAAGCAAUUGUGGAAUCUUCAAAUAGAUAUUCUAAAUAUUGAUGAUCAAAUUGAAUUAGUUAAUGAUAUCAUUUUAUUAGCUGCAGUAAAUAAUUCAGAUGAUGUAGAUGAUGCUCAAUCUCUUUACUUGACAGAAAUUGAGCUACUUAUUAAUGAAAAAGAAAAAAAGACAAAUCUAUUCAAUACUCUUGAAGAAUAUUUUUUAAAGAAGGGUCAAGGACCUUGUACUCAAAUGAUUGAGACUAUAUUACAACAGCUUAAUGUUCAACGCCAAGCAUAUCAUGGAAAAAGUUUUAUUGGAAAUCAUGUGCAUAAAAUGCUUAAAAAACCUUCAAUACUUCGGUUAUGCAACUCUAUACCUAAAUUUGUUUAUGAUGAAGGUUAUUCAGGGACCAAUAUACAUCUAAAAUCAAUAGAAAUUAGCAAGCAAUACAAACAGCUCUUUGAUAAAUUUGCACAGUGUUAUAACAUAUUUUCAUCCAAAAAUACAGAAAAAUUAAGUAUUUUAAAAAAGAAGAUAAACGAUUUGAUGCAAUUUUAUCGGGAAAAUUGGCCCGAGGCCUCAGUGUCGCCAAAGUUACAUAUGCUGGAACGUCAUACUGUUCCGUUUUUAGAAAAAUGGAAAGCGGGAUUUGGGUUUUAUGGCGAGCAAGGCGGCGAGUCGAUACAUGCAGAGUUCAAUAAACUGAAAAAUAUAUAUCAAUCAAUUCCUUGUCCAACAAUGCACGUGAAAAGUAUUCUGAAAUCCCAUUACCAAAAGACAAACCCAGAGAACAUGCGACUUAAGCCAUGUGUAAAAAAAAGAAAAUUUGUUAAGAAAAUUGCUUGAAUAUCUUCGAGUCUCCGAAGAAGGGAAAUUAAAAACGGCUAUUUUCAUAGCCACAAACAUA